AUGCAUUCAUCGUUAUUCCGAAAAAAUUUUCAUGAAAGAUAUUUUUCAUUACCAUCAAACUUGGAACAAACAACAUCAUCAUGUCCAUCGACACCACCAAUGUCAGCGACAUGGCUCGAACCGCCACAAAUCGGUUUGUGUCUGAUGAAAGAUGAUCAUCGUCAAGAAGUUUUUGAUCUUGUUGUUGAUACAUUUUUUCGUGAUGAACCAUUAAAUAAAUGCUUAGCAUUUGAAAUACCACAUGAACCAAUUGAAUUUACUGAACUUAUCGUUUCGCAUGCUUUACAAGAUCAAUGUUCAUUUGUUGCUAUUGAUAGUCAAACUCAAAAAAUUAUCGGUGUCAUAUUGAAUAUAGUGAAACGUAACAUUUCAUUGACAAGCAACGAUCAUGAAGAUAAACUUGAUACAAGUGAUUUUCAAUCGGAAAAAUUACGUUAUAUAUUAAAUGUUCUUAAACAUGUUCAUCGUAAUAUUGAUUUAUUUGACGAACUAAAAACGGAUCAUCUUUUACAUACUGUUAUUGUUGCCAUUGAUGCACAUUAUCGUGGUUUAAGAUUGACAGAAAAAUUAAUUUGUGCAAGUAUAAUGCGUGCUAAAAAUGAUUUAAAGUUAAAGGGUGCAUUUUCUGAAGCAACAAGUCUCUAUUCAUCGAAAGCAUUUGUUAAACAAGGUUAUCGUAUUUAUGAUGAAAUCAUUUAUACAAAAUAUGAUGAUAUACGUUUAGCUAGUCUAGCUGGCGAACAUGAUCGAUGUCAAUUACUUGCCAAAGCAUUGUAA